ACAAUGUACAACAAACUUGUGGAUUUGAUCGCACAAUAGACACACAAAUAUUUAUUUAUUUUUACAGAAGAAAUCAAUUUCACAGCUAUUCUCACUAGUCCUUCGAUUUCUCCGCUUCGUCACUCUCCCUGGGAAAAAAAAAAUGGCUGCGAGAAUCCAUGGAGGAGCUGGAGCUGGAGCUGCUACGGCCUUGUCGACCUUUAAUCCCAAGAAACUCGUUGCUCCUUCCCGCACCAAUCUCCCAGCAGCGAGGAGCAGCAAGAGAUGCAUUGUGGCUGCUGCUGGAUCUGAUGCGAGUAAGAGCCUCAGAGUUGGUCACUCUCAGAAAUUGAUUGCGAAUGCUGCUGUUGCGACGAAGGCGGAGACAUCUGCCACCACUGGCACUGGACAUGAACUACUGCUUUUCGAGGCUCUUCAGGAAGGUCUGGAAGAAGAGAUGGACAGAGAUCCACGUGUAUGUGUUAUGGGUGAAGACGUUGGCCAUUACGGUGGCUCCUACAAAGUAACCAAAGGCCUUGCUGAUAAAUUUGGCGACCUCAGGGUUCUCGACACUCCUAUUUGUGAAAAUGCAUUCACCGGUAUGGGAAUUGGAGCUGCCAUGACUGGUCUAAGACCUGUCAUCGAAGGUAUGAACAUGGGUUUCCUCCUCCUGGCCUUCAACCAAAUCUCCAACAACUGUGGAAUGCUUCACUACACAUCUGGUGGCCAGUUCACAAUCCCGGUUGUCAUCCGUGGUCCCGGUGGAGUGGGACGCCAGCUCGGCGCUGAGCAUUCGCAGCGGCUAGAAUCUUACUUCCAGUCCAUUCCUGGGAUCCAGAUGGUUGCUUGCUCGACUCCUUACAACGCCAAAGGGCUGAUGAAAGCCGCGAUCAGAAGCGAGAACCCUGUGAUUCUGUUUGAGCACGUUCUGCUUUACAAUCUCAAGGAGAAGAUACCGGACGAAGAGUACAUUUGUAAUCUUGAAGAAGCUGAGAUGGUCAGACCUGGAGAGCACAUCACCAUCCUCACUUACUCGCGGAUGAGGUACCAUGUGAUGCAGGCAGCUAAAACUUUGGUGAACAAAGGGUAUGACCCUGAGGUUAUCGACAUCAGGUCGCUGAAACCGUUUGAUCUUUACACGAUUGGGAACUCGGUUAAGAAAACGCACAGGGUUUUGAUAGUGGAGGAAUGCAUGAGAACCGGUGGGAUUGGGGCUAGUCUUACUGCUGCCAUUAAUGAGAACUUUCAUGACUAUUUAGAUGCUCCGGUGAUGUGUUUGUCUUCUCAGGACGUUCCUACACCGUACGCUGGUACACUGGAGGAGUGGACCGUUGUUCAACCGGCUCAGAUCGUGACCGCUGUUGAGCAGCUUUGCCAGUGAAAUUCAUAGUUUUAUCCGGUGAGCCAUUAUUUACCAUUUACCUCUUUAUUUACCUUCUCUUGAGCUUAAUUAGUUCGUAAGAAUUUGUCUAAGUUGUUUGGGUUUUGUUAACGUUUGUUGCCCCUUUUGUUGUGUGUUUGGAAUAUGGCUUUGAAACUCAUAAUGUUUCCUUUGUUAAUCUAUCUCACACAUUUUUAUUUUUA